GGGGGCAGCUGUAAUCAUUACUUCACCCGCAUUGGCUUGCAGAAAAGCGCACAUUGUGCAAGGUAAACAACGCGGCUGCGCCGACCCCACGCCCUGACCAUUCGAUCUGCGCGGUCAGAAGUGCAGUGGCGCUCGGAUUGCCGAUACACUGGGAAUGAACUAAGAGGAUACGGGUUUUGGAACAUGUUACUAGGAAAUUUGGUAGUAAUUGUCUCUGCACUCCUGACUGGAACCAAAGUUUCUUGGGGAUAUGUGUUUCAAGCUGGGCAAGAUGUGGAUGGACCGUCGAAAUCAAACACUCAAGAAUUCCCGUGGGUGAGUUCGUCUGGAUCAUGUAAGGGCCGGUGCUUCGAGCUGGCGGAGGCAGAGCCGCCUGGAUGCCGCUGUGACAACCUCUGCAAGACCUACUAUGCCUGCUGCAAAGACUUUGAUGAGCACUGUCUGAAAACAGCUGGAGGCUUCGAGUGUUCAGAGGACCGCUGUGGUGAGGAGCGUAAUGAAGACCAUGCUUGUCACUGCUCCGACGACUGCGUGGAGAACGGAGACUGCUGCACCAACUACAAGGCCAGGUGCAAAGGUGAAACAACAUGGUUGGAAGGAGACUGUGAAGAAAUUGAGACUCCCCAGUGUCCAGCGGGUUUCAUACGUCCACCUCUCAUCAUAAUGUCACUGGAUGGCUUCCGGGCAUCAUACUUGAAAAAAGGGAGGGCGAUCAUUCCAAACAUGGAGAAACUGAGAACAUGCGGCACUCACGCUCCUCACAUGAGGCCGAUGUACCCAUCAAAGACCUUCCCUAACCUCUACAGCUUGGCCACGGGGCUGUAUCCAGAGUCUCAUGGCAUAGUCUGUAACUCCAUGCAUGACCCUGUGUUCGACGCCAACUUUAAUCUGAAGGGCAGGGAGAAACUAAACCAUCGAUGGUGGGGCGGUCAGCCUAUUUGGAUCACUUCUGUCAAGCAGGGAGUGAAAGCAGGAACCUUCUUCUGGCCAUGGGUCAUUCCUCUGGAGAGGAGAAUACUGACCAUACUGCGCUGGCUCCAUCUGCCUGAGGAAGAAAGGCCAUAUGUGUAUGCCGUGCACUCGGAACAACCGGACACAUUUGGCCAUCGUCUUGGUCCUCUCAGUAAUGAGCUGGAUAAUCCACUUAGGGAGAUCGAUAACAUCAUCGGGCAGCUGAUGAACGGCCUCAAGCAGAUGAACCUCCAUCGCUGUGUCAACUUCAUGCUAGUAGGAGACCAUGGGAUGGAGGAAGCUCACUGUGACCGGACUGAGUAUCUGAGCUCCUACUCUCUCAAUGUGGAUGACUUCCAUCUGAUCCAUGGCUCCUCUGGAAGAAUGCGGCCAAAGAACCGCACGGCCCCAUAUGAUCCUAAGGAAAUUGUAGCAAACCUCACGUGUAAGAUGCCAAACCAGCACUUUAAGCCUUACUUGAAACAAUACCUUCCCAAGCGUCUUCACUACGCCAACAACCGCAGAAUCGAAGACGUCCACCUCUUGAUGGAGCGCAAAUGGCACAUUGCCAGCAAAUUUCGAGAGCCAAAGGGAUUAUGUGGGUUUUUUGGAGACCAUGGCUUUGAUAAUAAAAUAAAUAGUAUGCAGACAAUCUUUAUGGGCUAUGGACCUAGCUUCAAGUUCAAGACAAAGGUGCCAGCUUUUGAAAACAUUGAACUCUACAAUGUCAUGUGUGAUCUUCUUGGAUUAACUCCUGCACCCAAUAAUGGGACUCAUGGCAGUCUAAAUGCCAUUUUACGAAACCCAUCACACACUCCCGUUAUGCCGGAGGAGGUGACUGCCCCCUCCACCUUAGAUCCUGCCUCCGCUGCCGUUUACGACCUGGGCUGCAGCUGUGACGAUGAGAACAAAGUGGAGGAAAAUAGCCAGAGAUUCAGUUCAGUAGUUGAUGACAGCAUACAUCUGCCUUAUGGUCGGCCUGCUGCUAUGUUUGAAACCAAGUACUUUCUCCUAUACCACGGUGACUUUGUUAGUGGAUACAGUGAGGAGCUAGCUAUGCCCCUGUGGACAUCAUUCACAAUUCCUAAACAGACAGACAGUACGCCCCUUCCUCUGCCUGCCAGCGACUGUGUGAGGGCAGAUGUCCGCAUCCUACAGGCUAACAGCCAGGCAUGCUCAACCUACUCUCAAGAGUCGGAGCUCUCCAAUGGUUUCCUUUACCCGCCAGAACUUGCCACCACACCUGAAGCGAAGUAUGACGCAUCGUUGAUCACCAACACUGCCCCAAUGUACAAAGCCUUCAAGAAAAUAUGGAGCUACUUUCAAGACACCUUGCUGAGGCGCUACACAGAGGACUUGAAUGGGGCAAAUGUCGUCGUUGGACCCAUUUUUGACAAUGACUAUGAUGGCCUCCGAGACACCAUGGAGAAGAUCAGAGAGCAUGCAGGAGACACGGUGCCAGUCCCAACCCACUAUUACGCCAUUAUCACCAGCUGCGCCGAGGCCAACCAGACGGCAGAGGCUUGUGAGGGGCCACUCAAGGUCUUCUCCUUCAUUCUGCCCCACCGGCCAGAUAACGACGAGAGCUGCAAUAGUGUCGAGGAGGAGUCUCGCUGGGUGGAGGAGGUGCUGAAGACGCACACGGCGCGCGUGCGCGACGUCGAGAUCCUCACGGGCCUGGACUUGUACCGCGCCACCGCGCAGGAGUACACAGACGUCCUGACCCUAAAGACUUACCUGCACUCGUUUGAGGGCGAGAUCUGAAGAGAGCCACGAGACAAACAAACAAACAAAAGCCUGCCGCGUCCCCUCCCUGACACCCCUGACCUCCUACUCUCUCGUUCUCUCUCUCUCUCUCUCUCUCUCUCUCUCUUUCUGUCCCUCCCCUUCUCUCUCUCUCUUGCUCUGUCGCUCUCGUCCUGAUACAUCUCUGAUGCCUAGGUGUAUAUUUUUAUACAAUUUGUCAUAUUUAUUAUUCAUUAAAAAGAGAACAUAACAAUACUGUGCCACACUUUAACACUAGUUCCCAUAGAAUUUCCUGUAUUUGUCUGAAAUAACAUUUAUCUCACAUUUGUCUUGUAUUUUGUAUGUGAACAAUUGUGAAUUAGGACCGUGUGUGUGUGUGUGUGCGUGUGUGUGUAUGUGUGUGUGUGUGUGUGUGUGUGUGUGUGUGUGUGUGUGUGUGUGUGUGUGUGUGUGUGUGUGUGUGUGUGUGCUUAUAUCUGUGUGUUUGUGCGAGUGUUGGGAAUUGAGAUAGUAAUAGGAUUGGUUGCAGGACAUUUUAGCAACACUGGUCUGUGAACAGUGAAGGGGACCCCAUAUACCAUACCACUACACUUACAUUCUGACUUGCUCUUGUGUUCCUGUUCAGAACUUGAACUUUUUACUUAAACUUUCACCACCCAUGAUACAUGUAAGUGAGGAAAUGGACUCGAGGAAUGGACUUUUGUCUCAUGGUAACACAUGAGAAUCUCAUAAAACCGUAACCCUUCCAACAUAAAAAUCUUUAAUAAUAAACCACAUACCAAGCAUUUGAAAUUACUGGACCUAGUUGAAACAAACGUAAAUAAAUAAAUGUUGAUUGAUCUGUGUAGUUCCCCUAUUUAAAAUACUGUACCCAUUAACAUGUGGCAUGGUUUUGAUCUGAAUAAAUCCACGUAAUGUCAAA